AUGUCGGAAGAGAAAGGGAAGAAGCCGGCACGGAAUCGGGACAAGACGGGCGGCAAACAUAAGCCGGCGAAGAGGAAGGCGAAGGCGGAAGAGGAGGAGGAGGAGGAGGAGGAGGAGGAGGAGGAGGAGGAGGAGGAGGAGGAGGAGGAGGAGGGGGAGGAGGAGGAAGAGCAUGGACGCCGGGGUCAUGGCAUCCGCCGAGACAGGUCUGGCGAUGGGCUUGGGUGGGUGGGCGAGAUCAAGAUUAAGGGCCAGAAUCGGUACAUCGGCAAGUCGCGCGAGAAGAUGGAGCUGGCCUACGAGCACGCGAUUGCGUACUUGCUCUACGACGGCUACGUGAGCAAGGUGCUGACAAAGGAGCUCACCGUCUUGAAGCCGGGGCAGUUGGAUGAAUGGAAGGCGGUAAGGGAGGAGCUCAGGUUCCUGUCGACCGGGAUGUGGACGGUGAUGUGGGCCAGAGGCUUGUGCCAUCCGAGAGCAAGGUUCGACGAUAUACUCGGCAGGUACCGUGGGUACGCGAGCUCGGGUGAUGCGCUUCAUGACGUGCUCUGGCCGGCGAUAUGGUUCCCCAUCAUCGAAGACACGGAGGCAGGCAAGGCGGAGACAACCGCUCUCUUGUCGGCGAUGGUAAAUCGCGUGUCGAUGUGCGCGGUGUAUGGGAAGGUUGCGGCGAGCGUGGCGUUUGGGAAGGUCGACGCGAGCGCGGAGGGGAAGGCGGGUGAGAACGCGGAGAUGGAAGGCGUGGAGGGUAAGGCGGACGAGAAGACGGAGAUGGGGGCCCAGGCGUUAGCGGCCUCUGCAUGCGCCCUCUGGUGCUACAUGUCGACGGGUGCGUCGGUGCUCGGUGCUGUGGGCGAAGGGAAGGCGGCCGCGAUGGUGGCAGGUGCAGGGGAGGAGAGGUCCGAGCGCUUCAAGAAGGUCAUGCACUUGGUUUUCGACUUUGCAAAAAGUCGGAAGGCUCCCGCGGGGGAGGUUGCACAUAACGUCGCGCCAGAGCUGCAGCGCUAUGGAGUGGCCAGGGCCUUCGAGGCGGGAAUUGAGGAAGUCGAGGCCGACAUGAUCGCAAGAGCGACGGUCGAGACCUUGGCGUUCUGGGGAAUGUGCCCCGUCGCCGGGCCCAAGCUCAAAGCGGAGGGCAUCGAUGUGCCGUGUGACGCGAAGAUGGAGUACGAUUUGGAGCACAGGGGGAGGAAGGGUGAGAAGGUCAAGCAGGGCAAGGGCAGCAAGAGGAAGAAGACGAAGGCGGAGAAGCAGGCGAAGGACAGUACGGAUGCGUAG